UCCACCAAGGGGCUCUGACUCAAUGCCUGUAUUUUUUUUUUCCUUAUGCAUUUUGGUUUUGCUUUGUAUGUACUUACCAAAUUUAUAUUAAGAAUCUCCUAGCUUUAACUGCAACAUUACUUGCUUCUUUGUGGCUUAUUUCAUAGGAAAGGCUUUGCAUCUGGAAGAAUUUUAAUAGAGGAUGUUGGGCUUAACAGCAUCUAUAUCUUCUGUAUUUCAAAGGCUGGAUGGAAUCUUGCUUGUAUGUUUACCAAAAUGAUUGUGCAGGUGUUAUAUAAAUGUGUAUCUAUAACUUGUAUACACUGAGGGCCAUCUCAAAAUAUUUUGCUUACUGCUGCUGGCAGGCAGAAUGACCAGCAGGUAAUAUGAGUGCCUGCAAACCUGCAUUGAAAAAAAACCCUCUGAAAAGUAAAUAUCAAGCACACGAUCACUGUGUUCCAGGAAACCGUGCCAUUGUGUGUGUGUUAGGUGCCAUGGAAACAUCUCCUGAUGGUAACAAACCCUCAGUUUGUGCAAUGUGACUCUGCAAGCAACUGUUGGCUACAAGUCAUCUGCUCCUACCAGCGGUUAAUUUCUACGUUCAACAAAAUCUGGAGUGAAACUACUGAUUAAGAUGAUGCCUAGCAAUUAUGCUAUGAUAAAUUAAUUGUUCAGGAGCAGCCCAAUAGCUGCAGUUAGCUUUGGUCGGUCUGCGUGGAUUUGUGAGGGGAAGAAAGGUGAUGGUGUCUUCAGAGCAGCACAGCCGAAAUAUGGGAGCGGGUGCCUCCCUUUCAAUUUGUAAAUCAUUAUCUUCUGUUCAAGUCAGGCACACAAUAAAUAAAGUCUCACCAGAUCUACAGUUAAGCAGAGAAAGAAGCAUAUUUGGUGUUCCUCUGGAGGCUCUCAUGCAGAAUGCAACAGAAUGUGGAGUGCCAUUUGUUGUGACACAGAUGGUAGAGUACCUAGAAGAGUUUGGUCUGGAGCACGUCGGUAUAUUUCGAGUCAGUGGCUCAGUAAAUAAAAUCAAGGAAUUGAAACAGAAAUACAAUCAAGGAGAAAAAGUAGACCUUAUUAAUGAUGGAGAUGUUGAUUCUGUGGCCAGCCUCCUGAAACUCUUUCUGAAAGAACUACCAGUGGCUGUUUUUCCAGAUAACAUCUGUUCUGGCUUGCUAAAAGCUUUCCAAGAGCACAAAAUCCACACAACAGAAUGCAUAGAGAACCUGAGACAGUUGCUCAGUGGGCUGCCCCAAGCCCAUCAAAACCUCCUUCAGUUCCUGUCUGCUUUCCUGUUAAAGAUAGCAACAUACAGCGCAGUGAAUUUCAUGACUCUGGAAAACCUAGCCAUUGUGUUUGGACCUGCUCUGUUCAGGGUCCCUGUUGGUCCCUUGGCUUGUGAAGAGCAAAGGCUUUACAAUGGCUUCCUGCUGUAUUUGCUUCAACACCAUGAGAUGCUUUUUGUUGACCUGAACCCUUGUUUCUCACAGAGACAAGCAAGUGGCCUUCAGGAAAACAACACAGAAGAUAAAGAAAGAGACAGGCUCAUGUUAUUAAGCAUUCAGGAUAAUUCCUUCAACAGGACAGCUUUAGCAGAGUGUGAUGGAGAUUCAGACUCUGUACAUGAAGAUCAAGGAGCCAGUUCCAGCCCCAGAGAUGAUGAUAACAAAGAAAAUUAUCCAGACAACACUGCUGUCCUAGAGGAAAGGCAGCUGCCUUUGCAAGAUACUCAGCAGCACAAGCAACAAGCUUUAACUGUCUACACUCUAAAGCCUGAAAUGGGAAACUUGAAGCUAAGAAAACCUAAGCCCGUUGCAAAGGUAGAAAAUGGAAAAAGCCAUGAGGAAAGUCAGGAGCUGGAAACCGCAUUGCCAGGCUUCUCAGAGUGGCAGGGGAAGGCUGGAUCCCCAGCUAAUGACUAUGCACAGAACGUGGCUUUCAGAUGCCAGGAAGCAGUCAUGAGAUUUCAACCAAAAAUAGAUCAGAACACAUGUGUUUCACCAAGAGAAUCAACCGAGCAGUUUAACAGCUUCAAUGAGAAUUCUUUGUUGAAGCUACAAGCCCUUGAAACUGAUCUGUGCUCUGCAUUUCUGCCAACCCAGGAGGAAACUCCCCAGCUGCCAGCACCCAGGGACACAGCCCCUUCGUCAGUCCAAACCAGCGUGCAAGCUGAUGGGGCCAGUUGUGGAGAGAAAUAUCACUUCAUUUCUCCUAUUAUUGAUUUUAAUUUAAUGCAUCAGCAGAGAGAUAGUGAAGAGCCUGUGCCAGCCCACAGAGAGUGGCAGAAUGACAUGGACAGCAGCCCACAGGAACAUCACUCCCUAGGGACCAGCCGACUGCUGUACCACAUCACGGAUGGAGACAAUCCCCUUUUGUCACCACGCUGCUCUAUCUUUAGCCAAAGCCAGAGAUUUAAUCUAGACACAGAGUCUGCCCCUUCUCCACCAAGUGCUCAGCCUUUCAUGAUGCCAAGAAGUUCUUCUAGAUGUAACUGUGAAGAGUGCAAAGAACCACAAACAGUAGCACAACUCACCAAGCACCUUCAGAGUCUCAAGAGAAAGAUUAGGAAGUAUGAAGAAAAGUUUGAGCAAGAAAAAAAAUACCUGCCUUCACAUGGUGACAAGACUUCCAAUCCUGAAGUUCUGAAAUGGAUGAAUGAUUUGGCCAGAGGUCGUAAGCAGCUCAAAGAGCUGAAACUCAGAAUUUCAGAAGAGCAAAACUGUACCUCAAGAGCACCCCAAAGACAUGAUCAUCAUGAAAGCACUGGGACCUCUAAAGGGGCUGGGACACAGGAGACCACAAGCGUGGAACCACCUCCCUCAGUAGAAGACACCGUGGAUAGUGUAUUGAGACGACUAAAGGAGAAAAGACAACACUUCAACCUUCCUGAGACUAUUAAGGAUAUGACAAAAAAGCAAAUGGCUUUGGAAAAAAUCAGUCUUCAGAAAUGUCUACUAUAUUUUGAGAGUAUUCAUGGACGACCUGUAGCUAAGCAAGAAAAGAGCCUCAUGAAACCUCUUUACGACAGAUACAGAAUUAUCAAGAAACUUCUUGCAACUCCGUCUUUGAUCACGACAAUUGAGGAGGAAGACUCAGAUGAAGACCAUUCUCAAAGCAGCCAUGAGUUAUCAUCCGGUCCAAUAUCUUGCCUCCCUGUUGAUGAGCACCUGUGUUACUCUCAGGAGGAGAGUGAGCCUGCAUACGUUUCACCUCUGGAUGAAAAGAAAGUUUUCAGGCAAACAGCCUUGUCCAUGUCUAAUUUACAUGAGGCAACGAUGCCCGUUCUGCUUGAACAUCUCAGAGAAACAAGAGCAGAUAAGAAAAGGCUUCGCAAAGCUCUGAGAGAGUUUGAGGAACAAUUCUAUAAACAGACAGGAAGGAGUCCUCAAAAAGAAGAUCGGGUGCCAAUGGCUGAGGAAUACUCUGAAUACAAGCACACAAAAGCCAAAAUCAGGCUCUUGGAGGUUCUCAUCAGUAAGCAUGAUAUUUCCAAAACUAUUUGAAGUGAAUGCAGUAGCAUGGUAUUGAUCUCUAAAAAAAAAAAAAAAAAAAAGAAAAAAGCAAACAAA